CGUCAUGACAUCCGGUUGCCCUGACAACUUCCGGGUAGCAUUCAGGGUUGAAAACUUCACUUCCUUGAUCCUGUGGACCCUCACAAUCUGCUCGGAACAUUAACAAUUAACAGUCGACUGCUGCUUGCUUCUCUGCAUCAUAACAUUAUCAGACAAGAAUCAAAAUGCCCUACCUCACCGAAGAACAGAAGAAAGAGUUGGCUGCCACAGCCCGAGCCAUUGUCGCUCCUGGAAAAGGCCUUCUUGCUGCUGACGAAAGCACUGGAACCAUUGGAAAACGAUUCGCUCCAAUUAACACCGAAAACACAGAAGAAAAUCGCCGUGCUUAUCGUGAACUGCUCUUCACCACCGAUAAAAGCGUAGCAAAGUACAUCAGUGGAGUUAUUCUUUAUGACGAGACAUUUCGCCAGAGCACAAAAGGUGGGAAACGUUUUGUUGAUCUACUCAAGGAAACAGGAAUUCUCUCUGGAAUCAAAGUUGACAAGGGUGUUGUUCAGCUUCUUGGUACGAAUGAAGAGACCACCACUCAAGGCCUGGAUGGAAUGGCUGAGCGAUGCAAGGAGUACUACGAUGGAGGCUGUCGUUUCGCCAAGUGGAGAUGUGUGUUGAAAAUCGGAGCCGGUCGUCCCUCACAACUGGCCAUCAUCGAAAACGCCAAUGUCCUAGCUCGCUAUGCUAGUAUCUGUCAGUUGAAUGGACUCUGCCCCAUUGUUGAGCCUGAGAUCCUCACUGAUGGAGACCAUACUCUUGAGGAGUGCAUGGCUACUUCUGAGAAGGUUCUUGCUGCUGUGUACAAGGCAUUGAGCGACCACAAUGUCUAUCUCGAGGGUACUCUCCUGAAGCCAAACAUGGUCCUUCCUGGAGUGCAAUGCACAAAGAAGUACACUCCCGAACAAGUGGCCGAGUCUACAGUGACCGUCUUCCAACGCACUCUCCCUGUUGCUGUACCCGGUGUGACCUUCCUCUCUGGUGGCCAGUCCGAAAUUGCUGCCACUACUCAUCUGAAUGCCAUCAACGCGUAUAAGGGAACCAAGCCAUGGGGUCUCACCUUUUCCUACGGACGUGCCCUUCAAGCUAGUGUGCUCAAGGCCUGGGGCGGAAAGCCCGAGAAUGUGAAAGCUGCUCAAGAUGUGCUCCUCCAUCGUGCAAAGUGUAAUGGACUGGCUGCUCUGGGAAAAUACGAAGGAGAGGAGAGUGCUGGUGCUGCUGAUGAGAGCCUUUUCGUUGCCAAUCAUCAAUAUUAAACUGUGAUAAACUGAUCAUAGAACUGUGACAUAGCUAGAUUUAGAUGUAUGAAUGAAUAUGAAUGAAUAUGACUCUCAGAA